AUGGGUCAAUCAGUAAGCCGAGAUGAUUUUAUAUGGACACUAACGGAACAGCCGCACAUGAGCCGGAGGGAAGCAAUUGUGAAAAAGUAUCCGGAAGUUAAAAAGGUAUUCCACUAAAUACUGCCACCGAUCCAAAAGUACAUUUGCCCGUUUAGCUGUUCGGCGUGGAUCCCUCUUUGAAAUAUGUCGUCUCCAGUCUGGUCGUAUUUCAAAUAGUAAUGUGUUGGCUUCUUCAAGACGCCGAUUGGCUUCUGAUAUUUCUUCAAGCCUAUUUUUGUGGCGGAGUCAUCAAUCACGCACUGACUCUGGCGAUUCACGACAUAUCCCACAACACUGCAUUUGGAAACAAGUUUCCCAUCAAGAACAGAUUCUUCGGAAUGUUUGCAAAUCUUCCGAUCGCUGUUCCAAUAUCUGUUUCGUUCAAAAAGUACCACGUAGAGCAUCAUCGGUACCUGGGGGAGGAUGGUCUGGAUACCGAUGUCCCGACUGCUUUUGAAGCGGAAUUCUUCACAAACACCCCGAAAAAGCUGUUGUGGCUGGCUCUCCAGCCAUUUUUCUACGCUUUCCGACCGCUGAUUAUCUACAAGAAGGCUCCAACCGAUAUGGAAAUUGUGAAUGCGAUCACUCAGAUUUCAUUUGACCUACUUAUUCUACACUAUUUCGGCUUAAAAUCUUUACUGUACUUGUUCUCCGGAACUAUAAUCAGUAUGGGGCUGCAUCCGAGUGCUGGACACUUUAUUGCGGAGCAUUAUGCAUUCAAGGAAGAUCAGGAGACUUUCAGGUAAUUGAAAUUCACGAGGAACUUUAUCUGUAAACAAACGAUUUCAGCUAUUAUGGUUUGUGGAACUUGUGCACUUUCAACGUUGGCUAUCACGUGGAACAUCACGACUUCCCGUACAUCCCAGGGAGAGAUUUGCCCAAACUGAGAGCAUUGGCUCCUGAUUUCUACGAAAAUCUCUAUCAGCACACAUCGAUGAUGGAGAUUCUCCGAGAUUUCGUUUUUAAUCCGGCAAUGGGACCGUAUGCCAGGUUGAAGAGGAAGCCGAGAGUUCCCCAGGAGUUCUACGGCAACUAUCAGUUAUUCGAAUAUGUGGAAGGAGUGAGUUUUCUAAAUGUUUUCCGUUAGAUAAUUGAGACGUCAACUGAAUUUCUCCUGGAUUUCACGUCACUUACGAAAAGCUGGUAGCACAACCCAAUAUUACUUCAUUACUGAAAAAGUUGACUCUAAAUUUUGCGUGGGUAGUUCUAGUUUUUGCGUGACCCUCUUGAUAGUUGUCAAAACACGUGACGCAUGACGUGACCUUGCCUCGAACUUUGACCCACAUCUCAGAGCUCUCGCAUCUGUUUUCAAUCUCAUUUCAUUUCAUUUUUUGCAGUUCCUUCAUCACAUUGGAAUUUAUCGACUCAAGCAAUAUGCGGGAAAUGUGUUCGAUCUCAACAAUAAUAAUGACAAAAAACUCAACUAG